CUCCCAAUACCCUAUAUUUGUAAAAGUUUCCCGGUGAAAUGCGGAAAAAAGCAAAGUAGACUAUGCAUGCGGCGUUUGUUUAUAGAAAAAUUAUAGCAUGACGAACUCCACCAUGACAGUAAUGGUCAGCAUUAUACGAUUCCUAACUAAUUCGAGCACAAAGCAUUCCGAUUCUCGGGCCCGGUACAAGGCACAACAGUUGAAGCAGAGUACCGCAAUCUUUCUGGACGCCACCAUUCGAUCAACGAACAUCCAACGACGACAAUCUUUGAAGAUUCUCCGCCACAUAAUCAAGCAUACGGAACGGGAAAUUCUUCAAUAUAUUCCCGAGAAACAAAUGAUCCUGGAGUGUUCCCUAGUGCUAGUUCAGGCGUACGUCGCACACCUCAAACUGGGCCGCGGUUUUUUCGAUCGGUUCCGAAAACAACCGUUCGUCAGUGCAAAGAAGUGCUUCCAAUCCUUGAUCUAUUUGCUGAUUCCGGAAAGGCAGGACAUGGUCAUCGAUACAAUCCUGAACUUUCUCCAACGAGAGAAUCUCUGGAAGGUGGAGUUUAUUUGCGAUGAAAUCUUGACCAUGGUUUUGGAGUGCAAAAGCCCGGCGUCUUUGCUGCUUUACAAAAUCGUGAAUUACGUUGAGUCCUUACUCGCGAAGAAUGAUGUGCCGCAGGCUCGCCACACAAUGACCGUCCUGCAGAAUAUCAUCCAACCUCAAUACUGGGACGAAAUCCAACACUCCGACAUAUCGAAACUGUUACGAUUCUAUCACAGCAGCGCAGUGCUAGGCGAAUCGAAGAAUCAAAUCUACGAACUGCGACGAGGCUUUGAAAUAUGUCUACGGAAUCUAAUAAGAGUUAUAAAACCGGAACAGUUGAUCAAAUUGUUAAUAACGAUGCUUCCACUUACUUUCGAUACAACGCUCUCCGACGAGACCAUGCUUGAAUUCGGGACUACAGUAGAGUUUGCGGCGUCGACUCUCACUCUUUCGGAAAUCCCUAGCCAAGAAGAAAUGUUUGUUCAAGAAUACCUUCUAUCCCACAUUCGUUCGGAAACCGCUUCGAAGAGCAUCCUUGCCAGUCGAAUCUAUGCAAAAAUGUUGGACAGAGGGCGUAACUUUCUAGAGUUCAACACUCCCAAAGUAUUUCACGAAGGAACCUACUACGACAUUGACAUCAACCAAUACAAUCCGGCUCAACGACACACAUUUGAAGACCACCGUCGCGAGUUCACCGAAUCUUUGACCAUCGCUAUAGAAUAUCACAGUCAACGGCGUACCAACCUCGAAGUGUUCUACAACGUUAUCUGCAUGGUUUUGGUGGAGAUCCCUUGCGGUUACACGGCCUGCGCCGUUGUGUGUCUUCUGCUGGGUAUCCAACGACGUCUACUGGAAUCGUCAACACGCUACACUCCACAGCAAACCAACCGCAUUCAUGCGACCUUCAUCAGCAUCAUGACGCUGAUCAACUGGAUCCACCGCGGAUCUUCGCUCACUUCCUACGUCAACACGGUGCUCAACCGGCGGUUCGACAAUGCACCGCAUUUGAAUCCACCGCUGAAGGAAAUCUACGAGUACGCUCAGCACCACGUAACCUGGAACAACGAGACGCUGUUUUUCGAUGCACUGGAAAUGCGGUACGGACUGUGGAAGUGUUUCCGGAUCAACGAGCCGAAGAGUCCCGCCCCGCAGAAGAUCUACUCCCGUUUGGGUGGUGGCCGCAAAGGCAAAGCCAGGCGGCAGAGCACCGGCUACUACAAGAUUGGACUCUGAACAGAGGGGAGGAAGUGUAAUAAUGAUGGUAUGGGUUAUGAUACGGAACAGAGGAGAAAUGUAAGUUCUAUAACUUCAGUUAGGUUUAUUUAUUGCAUUUGAGAAAUCCAUUAAUAAUUUUGCAGUGCCUUAAAUCUUAAAACAGAACAAAAACAGAACAAUCACCUAAAGGCAUUGAUGAUAUUAAAUUCUCCGGAUUUCUCUUCAUUCUCUGAGGUCAUAUUGACCCUAAAUUGGGUUCUAAAAUGAAGAAUCGAUAUUCGAUUUUCUUCCAAAGAAUGAUAAAGCUUGUCAUUCUGAACGCAUCAGAUGUUUUUCAGACUCAAAAGUCGGAAGGAAGAUUGUUUAAUUUAAAAAUUUAAAAUAAAUAGAAAAUGCUUCCUCGACAUGUUCAAACUGAUGUAAUAUGAUUCCGCAGGGCAUUUGGCUCA